GAGAGAGUGUUAAGGAGUAAUACUCUCCCUCUCGCCUCCUCUUCAUUCAUCUUUUCUUUGUCCUCCUGCGGUUCUUCUUACUCCUCCUCUCCGUCAUGCUUCCUCACCGGUACUCCCCGAACAGCUACACCGUGCAGCACGAGACCUCCUCCGGUGCUGCUCCGGCCCCGUUUUACGGAGUGCCUCACAAGUUUGAUCCCUCCUUCAGAGGUCCGGUCCGCAGAAGGAGCUGCACUGAUGUCUUAUGUUGUUUGAUCUUCAUCAUCGUCAUCCUCGCUUAUAUGGCCCUAGGGGUAGUGGCCUGGUUCCAUGGGGAUCCCAAGAAGGUUCUUUAUCCUACAGACAGCUACGGUCAGUUCUGCGGUCAGAGAGGAACUUCUAAUGAGAAGAAACCCAUCUUGUUUUACUUCAACAUCCUGAAAUGUACCAGCCCAGCUAUCCUCAUCAACCUGCAGUGUCCCACCACACAGAUGUGCGUGUCGAGGUGCCCGGACAGGUUUGCCACGUACACUGACAUGCAGCUGCAGCACAAACUGAGCAGGAGCUACUGGGAUUAUUACAGACAGUUCUGUAAGCCCGGAUUUAAUGACCCUGACAAGCCGGUGUCUCAGGUUCUCAGAGAUGAAGACUGUCCCUCCAUGAUCGUCCCCAGCAGACCAGUCUUUCAGAGGUGCCUCCCAGAAUUCAUCACUCUGAACGGGACUGUGACGGUGGCGAACAGGACCAGGUUUAAAGACGCUCUGGAGACGGCCCGCAGUGUGACUGAGCUCCAAAGCGCUGCAAAAGGUAUCACAGGACUCGUGGACACAAAGGAGCUCGGCAUGAAGAUAGUGGAGGACUACGCCAAGUCAUGGGCCUGGAUACUCAUAGGUCUGCUGCUGUCCCUGCUCAUCAGUCUGAUCUUCAUCCUGCUGCUGAGGUUCACUGCUGGGUUACUGCUGUGGACCACCAUCGUCUUCGUUCUCCUGCUGCUCUCAUUGGGUAUGUGGUUCUGCUGGGCGGAGCUGUCCCGGCUCAGAGACCGACCAGGGUCUGAUGUGUCCAUCGUGGAGGUGGGCCUUCAGUCGGACCUGCAGGUGUAUCUCCAGCUCACACAGACCUGGAUCAUACUGUUCGUGUCUCUGGCAGUGUCGGAAGCGUCCAUCUUGUUGAUGUUGAUCUUCUUGAGGAGGAGAGUCCGAGUGGCCAUCGCUCUGCUCAGAGAGGCCAGCAGAGCGAUCGGUCACAUCAUGUCCUCUCUGUUCUUCCCGGUGGUCACUUUCCUCCUGGUGACCGUCUGUAUCUCGUACUGGGCCGUCACUGCCGUAUACCUGGCCUCCUCAGGUGAACCCGUCUACAAAGUGAUGUCACCUGAUGUCAGCUGCCCCCACGCAAACAGCACCUGUGACCCUGAGACCUUCAACAGGACCGACGUCUCCUCCUCCGCCCUGUGUCUGGGCUCUCAGUGUCUGUUUGCUUUCUAUGGAGGAGAGACUUCAUACCACCGUUACCUCUUCCUCCUCCAGCUGUCCAACCUGCUCAUCUUCCUCUGGCUGGUCAACUUCAGUCUGGCUCUGGAGCAGUGCACGUUAGCCGGGGCCUUCGCCAGUUAUUACUGGGCCAGGAGGAAGCCUCGGGACAUCCCACCGUGUCCACUGUUUUCAUCGUUCAGCAGGGCCGUCAGGUUCCACACCGGCUCUCUGGCGCUCGGAGCUCUGAUCAUCUCUGUGGUGCAGCUGGUCCGGAUCCUUCUGGAGUACCUGGAGCAGAAACUGAGAGGUGUCAACAACAGUGUGUCCAGGUUCAUCAUGCUCUGUCUGAAGUGCUGCUUCUGGUGUUUGGAGAGGUUCAUCCGCUACCUGAACAGAAACGCUUACAUCAUGGUGGCAAUCUACGGUAAGAACCUGUGCACGUCAGCCAGAGAGGCCUUCUUCCUCCUGAUGAGGAACAUGGUGAGGGUUGCAGUUCUGGACCGAGUGACAGACUUCUUGUUGUUUCUGGGUAAAGUCCUGAUUGCAGGAGGAGUCGGUGUGGUUGCCUUCUUCUUCUUCACCAAGAAGAUACCUGUUUUCCAGGAGGAAGUCCCUGAACUCAACUGCUACUGGGUCCCCCUACUGACGGUGGUGAUUGGUUCGUACCUCAUCGCUCAUGGCUUCUUCAGCGUGUACGCCAUGUGUGUGGACACACUUUUCCUCUGCUUCUGUGACGACUUGGAGAGGAACGAUGGAAGUUCACAGAAGCCUUUCCUCAUGUCUCCAGAGCUGCACAGGAUCCUGGGAAAACCCUCCCCACUGCGUUGACGUUUAAUGUCUGUCCACAGCAUCUUGACAGACAUCGCCCGGCCAAACCAGGAGACAGGGUGGUCUCUACCUGAGUCCACCUGUGAGGGUUUUUAAGUUCCUGCAGAUCUUAUCCGAGAAUAAGACUGACUGUGCUUCACUGUAACUGAUCAUGUGCCCACACACACACACACACACACACACGGACACGCACGGACACACUUUGGUUUUAGACUUGAUGCCAAUGUUUACCUGAGCAGGUUCUGGGACUGAAGGACUUCAUGAAAGCCUUUAACUCUAAGUAAAGAGAAGAACAUUAGUAGUCAGAUUCUUUGAUUGAAUAAGCUUUAAUGUGUUUGUAAUGAAUGAAGGUGUAACAGUGAUGUUUGAAUCCCUUCAUCCAGACUCUCAGUCCUGAUGGUUUCAGGGCUUGCAAGAACAAAAUGUGCAGUUAUAUUAAAGGUGACAUAUCAUGCAAAAUCGACAUUUCAAUUGUUCUCUACCUGAAAUAUGUGUCCCUGGCAUGUCUACAAACCCCCCGAGAAUGAAAAAAAUCCAUUCUGCCCCUGUUCUGAUUUCUACACCUUUCUGUAAAUGUGUGUGAAACGAGCCGUUUCAGUUUUCAGUGUUUUUCAUACGUCAUAACGUCAUCCGGUCUGUAACAGAAGUCAGAGCUCGGAGCUUGUUCAGCCCAUAGACUGUAUGAAAUACAACUCAACCCCUCCUCCAUUUUUCAUUACCUGCACACAUGUGUGCUAACAAGGAGCUUAGGAGGGAGGCAUGCUAGUUGUAGGCUGUCUUAAUAAACACAAAGGUCGGUUUUACUCCCCACGUCUGCAGAAUUGAAGAUCUAGUGGAUGAUUUUUAUUUAUCAUGGAAAAGUGCUAGUGCUAGUUAGCAUAGCCACAUAGCUACAUGUUUGUCGCUGUGUACCAAGACAAACGUCGACAUACUGAUAAAUAAAAGAACAAGAAACACUAAAUCUGUGACCAAUCCUUCAGAAAGGUCCUGCUGCAGGCGCCUCUCCGUCAGGAUCAGAUUCUGGAUCAGAUUCAGAGGGUUGAAGUAACGCGGGUCUGUGAGCAGCCGUGUAUAUUCAGCCAACAUGUAAACAUUAGAUCAACGUGCUGGACAGCCGAGGCACAUCCACUUCCUGAGGGGGCGUGGUCAGAGAGCUCAUUCUCAUUUAAAGGCACAGACACAGAAAACAGCCUGUUCUGAGCAGGGCUGAAAAAGAGGGGUUUACAGGCAUGUCAAAAAUCUGAUUUCAAAGUGUUUUUUUGAGCAAUAAACUUUAAAGACAUGUUUUGGGGACCUCUUAGACCAAUAUAUAUUGAUGAAAAAGAGCAGAAUAUGUCACCUUUAAAGAGCUGGACUUCACAGAGACUCUGAAGUAUGAGUCCAUGAUGGAAAACACAUCAGUGAUGUUAUUGUGGAGGUUAUCAGCGCAGAGUGGUGACUGCUCACAGCUGGUCUGCAGGCACAGUGGGUCCAAUGUUUUCUUUGUCUAUAUGGAGUAAAAUAUUUCAAACUGUUUUACACUAACUCAGCUUCAUGUCACUUUAUAAGUUUUUAUACUACUCAGUUUGUUUUUGAGAUUUUUACAAUGUGAAUACUUUGCUGUUGUGUUUAAUAAAGAAGAUUUUCUUUC